AUGAAGCCGCCGGGGCGGCCCCGCCUCGUCCCGUCGCGGUUCGCGGAGCCCCCGCAGGGCCCCGGGAGUGGCCCCGGGAGUUGCCCCGGGAGGCCGUGGGGGCAGCGGGAGAAGCGGGCGCUGCUGGCGGCGCUGCGGGAGGCGCAGGAGGGGCCGCUCGGCUCCUUCCCCGAGGCGCUGCCGCUGAGGGCGCUCCGGGAGCGGCUGCCCCGCAGGAGCGAGGCCGAGAUCCGGGCGUUCCUGGUGCGGCUCCGGGGCCGGGCGGCUCGGGAGGCCCUGACCUCGAAAUUUGGGAACAUCCUGAGGCUCCAGCGCCGGAUCCGGGCCCCCAUCGAGGUCUGG